AUGACCUGGUGGAAAAGGAAGGACGGUUUCUGGACUGUCUGGGACCACCUCCAGCACUCUCCCAUCCUCGACGAGACAUCCGAAGAGGAGAGAGAUUUUGAAGACCAGGUCAACCAAGAGGUCGAAGAGCGGAGACGGAACAGAUCCCGCCGUCGUCCUCAGGAAUGUAUUCCGCCGACUGCACCGUCUCUCGAGCCAGCGGCAUACGAGGUCGCCUUAUCUUCCUCGGCCAAGCAACGCCAGGCAGAGCUUCAUCCUGCAAUGGCUGAGGCUAGUCGCUCCGAAGAGCAACCUCUUGGGCGAUUGGCUUCAGCACCAUCUCCUGCGCUGCUUUCGCCACCAAUAGCUCAUGGGACCACCAACGAUGCGACACAAACGUUCGCCUCGAAAGAUGCUGCUAAUCCCGUUUCGGACAGAAGCACAUCGAAUCGCUCUUCUCCGGUUGUCGGGGGCUUGUCUACUGCCCGCGACGAGAGCAUGUCGCACACGGUAGAUGAUUCGGUGUACUCUGAGGCAUCCGCCCAAUGCAGCAGACCAGCCCGGGCACAGCCUGCAGCCAGGCCUUCAGCGCCUUUACUUUCCUUCCGUGACUCUCAUAUAAUUCAAACCUCUACUCCACAAGCCCUUCGAGCAACCGACUCAACGGCCCAAGAAGUUGCAACUCCCGAAGAUACCCCUCAGGCCCCCACUGCCGCUCUCCUCGUCCCCGCCGAGACACCGGUCAGGAAGAUACUCGUCCCUCAGAACCGGCGUCUACAGGUGAUCGACACUCCUGAGCAAGUCUCAUCUCCAAUCAACACGCCCAUCGAUACUCCUACCCCCGAGAGACCAGGUGCCAUCGGCAAGAGAAAACGUCUCAACGCUGGUACGCCUGUGCUUCGCGGGAAGCAGCAAUCAACCAGUUCGAGAUCUCUUCAGCAAAGUGAUGGUGGAGCUGCCGAAGGAGAAGCGAAGAAGGGACAGAUGAAGAAGGGACAAACCAAGAAGGGAAAGGGCAGGCAAGCAAUAGAGAAGCCAGAGACCUCUCAAAUCUUCAAGGAUCUUGUAUUCUUCUAUGCGGACGCCCGUAAGAAGCUUCGCCAGGAGCGAUGCGGUAUCAUCCAUGACCAUGGUGGCACCCAUAUCGACCAAGCAGAUGACACCAUCACACACGUCAUAUUCGAAGGCAAGGCUCGGGGGACGCUCAAAGGUUUUCUGAAAAUCUCAUCUCUCGACGAUCUACCAGAAGGGACAGAAGUCGUCAAUUGGAAUUGGCUGGCUCUUUGCAUCGAGACGGGGAGACUUCAACCUAUAAAUCCCCAUGUGCAUCGAUCGUUUCCUCAGCCAAGGCGUUCCUCUCGUUCGGACACUGAAUCUGAACCCGAAGAAUCUCUGCCGAAGAAGAAAGCGAGGGAUUCCCUGGGCUUCACUGCUCGCAUCCGUCAUGCCGAACAAGUCGCCAAAGGCACAUUUGGUUCCUCGAAACCCCGGCCUGUCGAGCCCCAGUCUGCAGGGUCAAGCGGUCGAGGUGUGCAUGAUGUGAAUACGGUACACGGAAUGACGAGCGAUGCAGGAGUGGGAUGGAAGAAGGAAAAACAAGGCGGGACGGAUGGUCUGGAUGAGGUCAUCGAGGGUGUCAAGGAGGGGAGUCUGCUGGAUGCAGAGGAGUCUGACGAAGAGAGCGCUGUACAAAUCGCCAGUAACGACCAUGAUGCAGAUGAAGAUGAUAGCAACCCCAACCCGCUCGCCGACAGGUUCAUGUUUGGGCGCAAGAAUGACAAAGCCGGCAAAAAUGGUCCAAAUGAGUUUUUGGCCAGGAAGUUUGAAGAACUACACGAGCUGUAUGAGGGGCAACCAGGCAAAAAUGCUUUCUCAAUCAGAACGUAUCAGCAAGCUGCUGCUACUAUGCGACGAAUCACAAUUCCCAUCACCAGUGGGAAACAAGCCAAAAGCAUUAAGGGCAUUGGCGACAGUCUCGCCGAGAGGAUCGACGAGUUUCUGAGCGGCAAUACUGGUCGAGCAGACUAUGAAGACAAUGAGCAAGCCCGCUGUACCCGGCUCUUCAAGGGUGUGUACGGUGUCGGUCGACAGAUGGCAUACAGUCUCUACCAACAGGGCGCGCGAACUAUUGCCGAUCUUCGUACAGGUAAAUACCCUCUCACCCCCGGGCAGCUCAUCGGUCUCGACCUUUACGACGACCUCAAUACGCGGAUACCUCGGUCCGAGUGCAAGCAGCUGUACGACCUCAUCCAGGAAGAAGCUAUGGGGAUCGAUGACAAGCUCUGGGUGGAGAUUAUGGGGAGCUAUAGGAGGGGACAGGAGGAUAGUGGAGAUGUGGAUAUCUUGAUCACCAGGGACGAUGGGGACGGGGUGACACACGCGGGUGUCUUGAGGAAGUUGGUAGGGAGGCUGAAGAAGAAGGGAAUCAUCACUCAUGAUUUGAGUGAACCCGGUGAUUGGCAUGCGGUAGAGUCAAAAUGGAUGGGUGUGGGCAGGGUGCAUUCUGAGGGCAAGUUUCGUCGCAUAGAUAUUCUGUGCAUACCCUUCGAGUCAUGGGGUGCCUCUCUGAUAUACUUUACUGGGAACGAGCUCUUUAAUAGGUCCUUACGCCUGUACGCGAGAAAGCUUGGCUUCAGUUUGAACCAACGGGGUCUGUACAAAGGUGUUGUCCGGGGAAGAGACGGGAUCAAGACUGUUGCUGGUGAUUUGAUUGCAUCAAAGACAGAAGAGGAGAUAUUCGAUAUCUUGGGGGUGCGAUGGAGACAUCCGCAUCAUAGGAAGCCGUAA